UGACGGACUCGGCUGGACUCGGCGGCGCGACGGGCUGGUCCGCAGGUUGGAGCAAAUGUCCAGCGAAAGGAGCUAGUCGUCGACGAUUCAUUUCGCGCAGGAGGAAUGGCGGGAUUAGAGGGCUACGAUGUGUACAGGGGCCGGCCUAACAGAUCGUGGGAGGCGGGAGAAACCUCUCAGAGGUACUACGGUCGGGAGGUUAUCCGUCCUCUGGACAUACCCGUUAUCCAUCCGCUUGCCGAGGACAACCCACCGGUCGUCGACGAUGACAUCGCCGUGAGCAAGUACGUCGGACUGGGCUGCGGGCUGGCGAGCCUGAUCACGGGGAACCUGCUGAUCCACCCCUUCGUGGUGUUGCGGAGACAGUGCCAGGUCAAUCCGGGCGCGACCAAGUAUCACCUAAUGCCCAUAACGCUGGUGCCCGUGAUAAUACGUUUGCACCAGACCCAAGGCAUAAACACCCUGUGGAAAGGGAUCGGCUCGGUCUUGCUUGUGAGAGGCAUGACAUUGGCCGUCGAAGAUCUGAUCUCGAAGGUCACACCGUGGCAAAAGAAGAUUGACGCCUGCCACGGCUCGUUGAAAGGGUUCGGUCAACACGUACUCCUCAAGUGUAUCUCCAUAGGUAUAGUGACCCCUUUCUACUCGGCGUCGCUCGUGGAGACCGUCCAGUCCGAGAUCGCGUCCGAAUGCCCGGGUAUCCUGGACGUUUUUCGAGACGGCGCGAUCCGCCUGCUCGACGUGUGCAAUAAGGGCAGGCUCAUUCCGAUCUACGCCCUAGUACCACCCACCAUAGUUUACGGGGUAUCGAAGUACCUUUUCACCCUCAUUGUGAAAGGGGUUACCAAUCGGAUUAUGCACGUCAGGCACAAGCACUUGCAGGAAGCAAGAGGCGCAUACAGUAAGGACCUGCUAUCCGAGAGCGUCGUCCAGGAUAUAGAGAUGCACUCCAUCCUCGUUUCGGUGUGUGCGGCCGAUAUCGUGUUUUAUCCUUUCGAAACUGUUAUACACAGGUUGCACCUUCAGGGCACGCGCACCAUCAUCGACAACCUGGACACCGGGAAAAGCGUCACGCCGUUAUUGACUGGAUAUAGCAGCGCGGUCGAUUGUUACCGCACGAUAAUUUCAACCGAAGGGCCACUCGGCCUGUACAAAGGAUUCGGUGCUCUUGUUUUACAAUUCGCAGUACAUUUCAUGGUGCUGCGCGCGACAAAGUGGCUUCUGACGGAACUGGGCGCGAUGCUGAUGCCGAAACCUAAGCCGACAAAGCCGCAGAGGUCCCCGUACUACGACGAGAUAUAAGCAAGACUUGUGUAAUAAAAAAAAAUGUAAGAUAUGGAAUUAUUUAUUAUUUGCCUUUAUUAACGAUUAUAUAAGACGAGAGAUCGAUUUUGUAACAAAGAUAGUUUUCGAGCGCGCUCCUCGAUGAUUUUAAUAAAUGAAGAUGUCGCAGAUCAGAGAAAAAUCUUCAAGUUUGCCACGCUAAUGAUAUAAUAUGAAUAAAAUUCUACGCGACCGUAAUCGCGCAAAUUUUCUAUACUGCGUGUUUUACAAUUGAUGCGAAUUAAAAUAGGAAAGGCAAUAGAGUUCUACAUAAAAGAUCUUAGAGCGUUAAGUAUUAAACUUGUGAAAUAUCGACAACAUUUGUAAGUAAGUCACUCUUGUACGACAGUCAUUUUCAGUGUGUACCUCCCAUAUCCGAUGAAAUGUACUUCCGCGACGUGCGACUUUAUUAGAUUACUAACACAUAUGUUACAGAUUGUUUACGAGGUAAAAUAAAUCCAAGUAUACUAC